AUGGAAGAAAAACAACUUGAGCAUUUCAGUCAUGAGGAACACCCUCUGAUCCUGUGUGAAUUGCAGAAGGAAAACGAUGACGGUAGCAUUGAUCAAAAAUCAGCAGUCUGUUAUGGGUGUCAGGAGCAAAUCUUGGGUCCUGCAGCAUACUGUUGCUUUGCUUGUGAUUUCUUUCUUCACAAAAGAUGUGCAGAACUUCCGCGACAAAUUACGCAUCCGAUGCACUCCUUGCAUCCUUUAGUCCUCCUUGGGAGGCCAGCUUAUUCCUCGGGUUGUUGUUCUUGCAAUGCGUGCGGCCAACAUUGGAAGUAUUUCACCUACCACUGUUCCUUGUGCGAAUUUGAUCUCGAUGUGUCGUGUGCUAUUUUGGAUCAGCGGGAAAUUAAGCUCGAUUGUCAUGACCACCCUCUUCGACAGCAGAGACCAGCCGAUAUCUAUUGUAAUGCUUGCGAUAAGGAUGGCAAAGAUUCAUCUUAUCUGUGCGCUAUUUGUCCAUUUUGGAUCCACAAAAAAUGCGCCUUGCGGCCAACAACUGUGAAGCACAAGGAUCAUAAUCACCCACUCCUACUGGCUUAUUCUCUUCCGUCUGACUACCGUAGUUUUGAAAAAUCUUGCCCUGUUUGUCGCGAAAAGGUACAUCCGAGUCGUUGGGUCUAUUAUUGCGGUCCUUGCAGAUACUUCGUCCAUAUCACAUGCGUUGUGAUAUCUCAAGAGGAUGAAGGGCAGCUAAGUGAAGAUAUUGAAUAUCCUAUCUCAGGAGAACAAGAUCAAAAUGUGGUGAAACUACCAUCCAGAAACGCGGCUCAAGAAUUGAUCGCCCGUUUUCUUCUCAAGAAAGAUAAGAUCAGUAGCAGUAAUGACUCAGGCAAAACGAAUAUUUUAGAAGAGAUAUUUAUGGAUUCACACAGGAAGCAUCCGCUUGUUCUUUCAGAGAAAGUAUAGAACUUACAUGAGAUAAAGAGUACUACUAGUGAUGAUGAUCAGGAAGAAGCAAAAGCAUUAUUGUUAGUAUGUGACGUGUGCAUUGAACCUAUUAGCUCAUCUGAUGAUCUUCGCUACUAUGCUUGUGCCGAGUGUGGUUACUUUGUCCAUUUAACUUGUUCUAAGCUUCCCCCUGAAUUGCACAUUCCAAAGCAUCCCCAGCACCCAUUCUCCUUGACGUGUAAAUCGAGUGCAGUUGG